CUCAAAUGUCAAAAUCAUCAUAAAACCCUAACAAAAGCCCUAGCUCUCCGUAACCCUCAACCCCAGCAGACACCGCUACUCUAGCAACCAAAAUCGAACCAAAAUCUCAAAGCCAAUGAAGACAAUAUCAGGGAAAUUAACAUCCACAACCCCAAUCUCUCUUUCUCAAGCAGCGAAAUCGCUCUCCAAAUUUGCUGCAUCAGAAAACGGAGCUUCACAUUCUGUCUCCAUAUAUAUCCAACGUGCCGCUGAUUCAUUCAAUCAACUUGUUCAGCUUCAUGAGAAACUUAGACCAAAUAGUGCAAAAAAUGAGCUUUCUAUCAAAGUUGAGGAAAAUUCCGAAAGAAGGAAGAAAAUUAGGGAAGUUGGUUUAAAGGCUGAAGAUGUAGUUAAGAAUGAUGAUUUCCCAAAUGGGUCACAAAAAAGCAGAAAAAGCAACAGUCUUGAUAAUAAAAGCAAGAAGCUUGAAAAGGAUCAGAAAUUGAUCCAGACCGAGCACCGGCUCGAUAUAAGUGAAGGAGAGACAGCAAAAUCCAAGAAAAAUGAGCUGGAGUUUGUUAAAAUGGAUAGCUAUGUGAAGAGGGAAUCGGAGUUCGAGGAAGUUAAGGAAGAUGGUAUGAUAAGUAGGGACACAAAAAAUAAGAAAACGAAAAAUAAGGGUGUUGAUGACAAUGAGGGUGAGGUGGUGGGGAAAGUGGAAGAAGAUUUGAGGGUUAAGGAGGAGGAGGAAAGGAAGAAGAGGAAGAGCGUGGAUCGCAGUGAGGGUGAAAAUGCUGGCUCAGCAGAGCAGAGUAAUAAGAAAAAGAGUAAAAAGAGGAGAAUUGAAGGUGAAAAGUGAAUGAGUUAGCUGAAUUGUAUGAGAUUUUUGCUGCUGCUGUUGUUGCUAGUAUUGGUGAGGAUCAGAGUAAUGCUUUUUUAUGUAGGAAAAAUGUCCCUUGUGGAUAUCAUUGCUAAAGCUGUAUUGAUAUAAAAUUUCAAAUGACAUUUUGAGUUAUAUUUAAUGA